AUGAGAACCGUUCUGCAGACUCGGAUGGGUCGCGUCUUCGACCGGGAGAUAAGCAUCGCCAAGCCAACAUUCUGGGAGAGUUUGACCGCGGAAGAACGACGAGAUUCCGUCGAUCAACAACGAUCCUGGGGCUUCAAACAGCAAUCGGCCUGGAAUCCAGCCGGUCGGGCCUUGGAAGAAUGGAACAAUUCCAUCUACCCGAAUUUGCUAAGGCCGCUCUUCAAAGAGAAUACUGCCGCAUUAUUUCGCGGUGCUAAGAAGCAAUGCCACUAUAAUAUCACUUGCUGGAUGAUCGGAGAUGAGUGGCAGUCAUCCCACCCGGCAGCAAUAGUCCUUUCUGGUGACCCCAGAGUCUCCAAAAACGGCGUGAAAUUGAUUGUGAGGCAUGGUCAGUUGCUCAAGUUUGGAUAUCGUGUUUACCAGUAUGAGAGCAAUAUCCUACCCAGCAUGACCACCUUGUUGAUGGAUGAGCUUCAGAUGACUGCCUGCCUCUGUGGAAUGCCGUUUGCUGUUGGUGAAUCGAAUGGUGGAUCCUCGCGAAAGGCAAGGCUAGGAGGCGUUGUCAUGCUAGGCGAUGAACCUUUUGCUCUUACCGUACUUCAUCCCUUCAUUAAGGAUCGUCAAACUAAUGAUUCCGAUAACGACGAUACCUCCAACUCGAGCGAUGGUGAUGGAGAUGUUUCCGGUGCAGAAAUGAACUUACAUUCCCAGGAUUCUGCGUUGGAUGCAGACAUGAUCUACGUACCAAACUCUGAGUCGCACGGAAGAGACCUGGGUGCCAUUCUCCACGACUCAAGUUAUUUCUCGUUUAAUAUGGAUUGGGCUCUCGUGAAAAUAAAUAAGACGCCUGAUGUAUUAAUUGUUAAUUUCGCCACCCUUGACGACAAAACUGUCGUUCCAUCUAAAGUUUCAACAGUCUUCCCGCGGGGUCCGGUCUGGGCAAUAGUGAAAUCCCAGGCACCAAUAUCAACCACAGUCUCCCCUGCCAUACAAGGGCUAUUCAUACCUAAUUGUGGACUCCAGGAUGCAUGGGCAUCUGAUAUGAAGCCAAGUCGUGGAGAUUCCGGCACCUGGGUCAUAGAUCCUGAGACUGAAUCAAUAUUUGGUAUCAUUGUGGCUGGGUCAGAACUCACUGAGACUUCAUACAUAUUACCCGCACAGAAUGUCUUUAGUGAAAUAUGGGAGCGCUUUCCGGAUAUGCAAUUCCCGUUGUCGGGGGAUGCACACACACUUCUCCGCGCAAUCCAGCUCAAUAUGCCCGAGAUUGCCAAGCUAGCUAUAGACAAAAGCACCUCAUUUGAUCUGAAUUUCUCUUACAUGGACGACUGGAAUGCAUUGGCAUUGGCGUCUGCCAAGGGUCUCGCUGGACUGGUUUCCUCUUUACUCCAUGCUGGAGCUGACCCCAAUCUCGCACGCUCCCCAUCGAAUUCAGGCCCCUUACAUCUAGCGACGGAGGGGGGGUUCUUGCAAGUCAUGCAAAUACUGUUGGAUUUCGGCGUGAAUGCGAACUCGAGAAGUUUGUCCCAAGGACUGACACCGUUGCAUAUUGCAUCAAAGAAAGGCCACGAAGACGCUGUGAAACUAUUGCUUAAAUACGGCGCAGAUUUGGAACUCGUUCCCGAUGCGGACUUAGCAAGGCGCGCUGAACUUGGUGUAGCCAGAGAGCUGCUUUUCGCCUAUAAAAAGCAUCCAAACAUAUCGUUGAUCUCCGCAGCUCAGAGCAAAUGUGAGCUGGUGAUCCGCUCAUUUCUUGGCAAAGAGGAAGAUCCAAAUCAAUCGUCAUAUCUUUCGAUGGCUGCAAAAUUCGAUAAAAGCGUUCAACUAGUUCUGUACUUUGGAACAUGUCAAGCCCUCACCCUGGCUGACUUAGCUGAAUCGAGUUUUGAGACGGCGUUCUUACACUUCGACUACAAAACACAAGAUCCGACUUCAGCAUUGGACUCGGCUGCCUGGGCAGAAUACAAGAUGGCCAUUCGACGGAUCUUGAACCAUGACGCGAGCCCGGGGCUACCAAUAGAUGCGACAGCAUGGUCGUCAUUUGAGACAGCUCUUUGUUUACUUUUUGGGCACUUUGCACGCCCAAGUGAUGCAGUAAAGUCCGCAACACGGGAAAAAUACGUUAAUGCUGUCCAAUUGCUCCUCGACCAUGUGGCUCCUGGUCCUUCCACAGAGUCCGAGAUAACAAUUCAAUCAAUAAUUCAGCAACUUUUGGAUAGAGAGGCGAAUACAAGUCCAGGUUCAUCCAAAUUGAGUGAGUCUGACGACCAGGAACUUGAUAAGCGAUCUCAGCAGAAGGGAGCAGACCCAGAUUUGAAUAACGUUCAUGGUACCAAUCAAUAUGAAUCUGCCAAGGAUUCCGGAAAGUUUGAGAUCAUUGAACGGUCACAUAGAUACCCCCAACAUUUGAUGGAUUUCAAGUUAGAAAGAACGCCAGAAAGCAAAGCAGAGGAGCAAUUUACCACCCUACAUGGUCAACUGCCCCGGGAGCAAUCAAAUCUAGGCGAUAACGUGCCGAACUCAAUGCGCCAAACUUCAUCUGUGAUGGCCGGCGAAAAGUCAUCGCAGGCUAGACCUCCCAUCUUACGACCUUACAACUUCCAAUCACGGUCGGAUAGCGAAGAAUCCAUACUGAGCGAUAGUUCAGUGAAAUAUGUGCAAGAGAAGCAAACGCCCGAUUUCGAUGCUAUGGGUGAUCCGGUUGACCCCAAGGGGAAGCGCAGAAGAAGAGAACGCCAGGUCCGGUGA